GCACCACUGCAGGCAGGCAGCCAGGAGCAGCUGUGUGGAAGCCAGGAGCAGCUUGGAGCCCGAGUGCACCAGGAAAGUGACUCGGGUGUAGAAUCGUCCGCCCAGAACUGCCCGUUGGCUGCACUGGGGCGACACCUAUGCAGUCGCCCAAGGACACAGAGCACGGACAGUCAAGCUCAGGGCUACUUAGAGGGAAACUCUGAAAGUUGCAAUCUAAGGUCAGCAGCCAGGACAGAUGACAAGUGAACGAGGCUGAAAUCAGGUGUGGGUGCGAAGCGGCAGAGUGGACUCAAAGGAGUUUGCCUCUGCAGUGAAGACAGCAUUAAGGAAUGAAAAGGGAGAUCGCUGGAUCGCCGGCUUGUACGGGCACCACAUGUCCACCCCCUGUAUCUAUUGAGCAUGCAGACAUCCGGGUCAAGAAUUACAGUGUGAACUCCAGGGAGAGGUAUGUCUGUAACUCUGGCUUUAAGCGGAAAGCUGGAACAUCCACCCUGAUUGAGUGUGUGAUCAACAAGAACACAAACGUUGCCCACUGGACAACUCCAAGCCUCAAGUGCAUCAGAGACCCCUCCCUAGCUCACUACAGUCCAGUGCCAACAGUAGUGACACCAAAGGUGACCUCACAGCCAGAGAGCCCCUCCCCCCCUGCAAAAGAGCCAGAAGCUUUCUCUCCCAAAUCAGAUACCACAGUGACCACAGAGACAGCUAUUAUGCCUGGCUCCAGGCUGACACCAUCCCAAACAACUUCUGCAGGAACUACAAGGACAGGCAGUCACAAGUCCUCCCGAGCCCCAUCUCUUGCAGCAACAAUGACCUUGGAGCCUACAGCCUCCACCUCCCUCAGGAUAACAGAGAUUUCUCCCCACAGUUCCAAAAUGACAAAAGUGGCCAUCUCUACAUCGGUCCUCUUGGUUGGUGCAGGGGUUGUGAUGGCUUUCCUGGCCUGGUACAUCAAAUCAAGGCAGACUUCUCAGCCGGGCCGUGUUGAGGUGGAAACCAUGGAAACAGUACCAAUGACUGUGAGGGCCAGCAGCAAGGAGGACGAAGACACAGGAGCCUAACCACACGAUUUCAGAAACUCAGGGAGACCUGCCCAGCUGAAUCUGAAGGGAAGAUACAAGGGCAGUUAGUCCAGCUGCACCUGGACACAGGAGAAACCAAAUGUAAUAAUAGAGGUCUCUGGUAUGAUCUGUUUUACUGAGCCUGGGUGCCUCCCAUAUGCAGGCCUGGAUCCCCGGUAUCCGGAAGGACAUCACCUUUCCUCCUGGUUCAUCACAGAGGCCAACUUCCCAGAGUACAAGCAGCCUGAGCUCUCCUGGGAGUCUCCAUUAAAAGCCUCGAGUUCCACUCAGAGAUUAACUCAAAGCAGCUGAUCUGCUAGACUCUCUUUUUCUAUUCCCUACUCUGAUUUGCAGUUUACAGAGAUUAACAAGGCUCCCAUUGUCUUCCAAGGCUCUUCUGGCACAGGAGAUGUCUGUAAAGAAGACAGCAACAUUUGAGCUCCUGAAGACAUGGCCCUUUGCUGCUUUGUACAUAUUGGAAGAGAGCAGAGAACAGAAGAAGAGAUACUGAGCCAGUGAACCCUUUUGUAUAGGAUUCAUGACAAAACCGAACUCAGUGACUAUGUAUGUGUGUGUGUGUGUGUGUGUGUGUGUGUGUAUGUAAACGUGUAUAUUUACAUAUACAUUUAUAUUUAUACUUUCUUUUCUAUUAUAUCUACAUAUUGUAUAUGAUUUAUAUUUGAAAGUGCUUUGUGUAGACAAAAUAAAAUAUUUAUUUUCAGUACAAAAA